GGCAGCAACGCGCAGUGUAAACGCUUUUGCCAAUAGCAGAAGAAGCUUGGAAGCUCUAGCAGCUGGGUAUCUGAUGGUGUGCUAUGGGUCUUCCUUAAUCUUCCAGAUCUUCUCUGAUGAUAGGCUCCUCCUAGCCACCUUUUGACAUGCAAGGUUUCUACUCCAAGCUCAACUCCUCCCCCUCCUCGUCUCCCCUGUUGGGGGUGGGCCUCAGAGCUGAUGGUGCUCGAGUGCCUCUCAGCUUGGCCGUUGAGGCGGAGAAAGCCCAGGCCCUCCUGCAGACAUUUAGCUCCGCCUCCCUGUUGGCUUCGGCAGGACUCGGGGUGCUGUGCGUGGUGGCAGAUCACACACUUCAACUGUUUGCCAUCCAGCAGCACCUGUGGCUGCGUGCUGCCUUGGACAAUGCCACACAUGGAUUGGUGGGGCUGUGGUCGUGGGCUGUUGUGAUUGGACUGAGGAAAAAGAGUGAUUUGUAUGAGGUACUUCUGGCUGGGCUUCUGGCAUCAAUUAUAGACCUGGACCACUUCUACAUGGCUGGAUCGCUCUCGCUCAAGGCUGCUGUGUCGCUGCCUCAGCGCCCUCCUCUCCACUGUUCCUCCCUGAUCCCCGUCAUCUGCCUCUCGCUCCGCUUCCUCAUGUGGAUUGGCCGCCUAAAAGAUGCAUGGUGCUCCUUGCCGUGGAUGCUGUUCAUUUCCAUGACGACUCACCACGUGCGGGACGCCGUGCGCCACGGCCUAUGGGUCUGCCCGUUCGGCAACACCGCGCCUGUCCCCUACUGGCUGUACGUCAGCAUCACAGCGACACUUCCACACCUGUGCUCUGUGCUGAUGUACCUGACGGGAACCAGGGACGUGAUCUCAACCAAACACGGCGUUGCGAUCGAUGUUUAGACGUCACAGACUUGCAGGUGACAUCUAACGCUAAGGUGGCAUUGAUUAUCCCUGGAUGAAAAAUGAUUUUGACAAUUUAAAACAUUCAAAUACUUGAAGUGACCUGAGAAAAAUUUUCAACACUUGAAAGAUUAAGAUGUGUUUUUUGACAAUAUUAUUUAUGCGAGAACAGUUUCAUAUGUGCGGUUCCAGUCAGACAUUUACAUAAUGUGUGGCCAUUGGGGUGGGUUGAUAAUUCAACAAGCAUCUCAGAAUUGAGAAAAAAUAGAGUUGGGCGUACAUGUUUGAAUUUAUUGUUGAUUUUCUUUAAUCCACACAAGAAAUAUACAAACAGUCUUGAAAAUAAAUACAUUCACCCCUUCUUAUAUUUGGUUAAAUGUCCCAUAGCAUGUUGCAAAUAAGCCACAUGCUUUCUGUAGCUAUCAGCACGGUCCCGGCAUAAUUCUGGCUGGAUAGUUGACCACUAUAAUUAUCAGGAAUGGUUGUAUUUAAAUGUUUUUUUUGUUUGUUUUUUUACCAUGGACCCACCUUUUAAUAUAGCUAUAAUUCCAGAACCCAGAGGUUAGUCAGCUUUAUCCUUUGCAAUCAUUGUCAUGUUGAAACAGCCCUCCAGUCCAAGGUUCUACUGGACAGCUGUUGUAAGGCAAGUUGGAGAAUUAUUGAGGUAGUCCUCCUUAAGUAUUCCAUCUAUUUUGUUAUAUUCACAAGUACAGUCAGCAGUGACGUGGUCCCACAGCAUGAUGCUGCUGCUUCCAUACUUGUUGGUAUAGUAUUGUUUGGUUUAAAAGGCUCAUUUUGACUCCUUUAAACAUACUUCUGGUCUUUGUGGCUUUUUUUCUAAGGCUCUAGUGGCCUUUAUUUUUUUUAAGUGAGUUGACAGUAUAUAUGGUAGAGAGAGGGUGAGGACAUGCAGCAAACGUUACCGGGCUGGGGCUCGAACCUGCAACACCACAUUGAUUUGUUUUUUAUUUAUUAUUUUUAGAACAGAGGAUGCUGUCUUGGUCUCCAUCCUUGCAGUCUGUGGCUCGGUGGAUUUUGUAGGAUUUAGCCAAAAGUUUGUUGAAUACUACAAAAGGGUGUUGUGGUACAGCUUGUUAGUGGACAUGUCACCACUUAUAUUUGGGGGUGUAUGUAUAUAUCUGAGCCUGUAAGUAUGCAUUCAAAUUCAAAGUUCGGCAACAAAUUCUUGUUUUUUAAAAAUAACUAAAGUUGAUUGUUGUAUGGCCGUUCCGCCUUGGGAAAACAAUACUUUGAAUACAUCGAUGCCUAUUAUUCAUGCUUUUUAGGGAAAGUUAACCUCUGACCUGAACUGUAUCUGAUUAAAAAUGUGUUUUUUUUCUUUGUUUUAGAUUGUAACAUGAGUAAAGUAACAUUCCAAAAUGGAUGCCAAUUAUGGAUUAAUAUGAAAUGUAUCUUUAUGGACAGGGAUAUGCAUCAGAAUCUGGGAAAUAAUUCCCUCCUGAGUGACUCUUUCCAGCGACUGUUUUACACCAGCUUCAUCAACAUAACAUCUUGGGAAGUUUCCAGAACACAUUUCCACAAGGCAUGGGCUGGUUUGAGACUCUCACAUUAUGAAAAUAAAUUGUAUAAAGUAAUUUAAUUUAUCUAUUCUUAACAGAAAUGUUUAAAUGUAGGAAAAUUGCUUGGGAAUCUUUUUCUUUUUUUCAGCCUGCUGACCAGCAGUGCUCAGAAACAGGUGCACUGGAAUGGCAGCACAGUGUCACUCCAUGCUCAACUCUGCCAGAGAAAAAUGGUCACUGCAGCACUUUCUCUGGUAUCUCAUUAAACGGCAUUUUAACCUUACAGACAGUAUGAUGUUUGUGGUUUUAAAGGCAGAAAUUUGUAAAAACCUUAGUACACCUUUAUACUUGUAAACGGCCCAUGCCUAACCUGCACCAAUCAGUAAAGUUUUUAUUUUUACUACUCAGCCUCAACAACUCAAGGAAAAGUCAACCAAAGGUCGACCACAGGCUGUUUAAAACACACAUGCAAUGUGUUGCCAUUUUUGGUGGAAGUGGUGUAACUUUUAAAGCACAUGUAGAUUGAAGUUUUUAGGUUAGGGUUUAUUUAAAUCACUGCCACAUAACACAUAAUGACAUAUAUUCUAAUCACCGCAACACAAAAUUGCUUCUAAUUGUCACAGCUGUCCCUUCGCCGGAGUCCUUAAUUGUGAUGCUUGGAGAAGCCAUUCUAUAUAACUUCUGCUGUCGGAGCCUUUUGUCUAUUUUUGGCUUUUAGUGCCAUCUGCUUCAGCAAUGGUCGGUUUUGGUCAUUUGGUUGUUUGCUUGUAAAGUUUAAGCAUUUGGUGUUGUUGCAAAUCUCUGUAGAUGUGAGAAGGAUAAGUGAAAACCUGAAAAAUCUGAAAGAUGCUGGAUUUUAAUUUUUUUGUUUUUGUGUUUAAAACAAGUAAUAUCUCCAAAUGUUUUAUUGGUACAGUGGAACAUUCACAUUACUAUCCACAGAGAUAAGGAGCACUGUUAAAGAACAGUUAGUCUUUAGUGUAUUAUUAGGUGUACAUUGAACACACACAUUACUAAACAGCAUUAUUAACACAUUAUUUUAAAUUAUGCAUAACAUGCAAUGUAGUGAUGGGCUUUAGAGGUGUGUUGUUUAAUUGUUAGGUAUCAUGGGGAUCAUGUAUUUCUCUUGCUGUGUGUAUUGUGAGGUGGAAACCCAAGUUUAGACAAGGUGCUUUUCUAUCAGCUACAGCAAGCAGGUUUUCUUUGUUUGAGGAAGUAGUUGUAUUAUCACCUCUUGUCCACUAGAGGGCUCCCACAGUUUACAUAUCUUUUUUCUAGUGCUCCUUUUUUUUUUAAAUAAAAAAAACUUGAUUGAGCAGUAAGUAAGGGGUAAGUUAAUCAGAUCAAAUUUGCAAAGGAUUUUUUUUUAUAAAAAAUUUUGAGUUUUGCUGGAUGAGAGUAUUUUAUUUGCAUCUGUCUUUUAAUGGUGACAUUGUUAAUAUUUUAAUGACAGACUUUACAUUUGCUGAGGUACUAGUUUGCGUAGCACGGGAAGUUUAGCUGAAAGCUAAGGCAAGACAGAGGCACUGCAAGCAAUUUUGUCACACAACUCUGCACCAGUGUAUGUGAAAAUGUGUGCUUUUGGUAUGAAUGUAUGUGACUGCAAUGCCAUUUGAAAUGCAUUAUUUUUAGAACAAAAGUAUUUUCCUGCUGCAUAUUUUUAUUUGUGACCUUUCCUAAUGUAAUGUGUUGAAGUUUUUGCACUUUAUUUGAAAUAUGUUAUUUAAUUUUUGGUUGAAUGCUUUUGUAAGUUAGGGGUGUGUCUUUAGUAAUAAGAACAUAUGCAAAGUACCUAGUUAGUUCUAGUAUUGUUCUUUUAUCUCAAUAAAAUAUAUCCUGCAUAAAUA